AUGAACGGUGAAUUCUGGCUCGCUCUUGCCGACACCGCCGAUAUGGUUGGGUUCACUAUGACAUUCUCUGUCAACUUGGUGCUACUCGGGUUGAUUAGAACACGUGGAAAGAAUUUGGGCACUUAUAAGUAUCUGAUGAGUUUCUUCUCGUUUUUCUCAAUGUUCUAUUCGAUUGUCGAGUCGAUUUUGAGACCGAUAAUGCACAUCGAGAACACCACGUUCUUCCUCAUCUCCCGCAAGCGAUUCGACUACUCAACACGCCUCGGAAAAAUCAAUUCCGCCUUCUAUUGCGCUUGCUUUGCCACAAGUUUUGUACUCUCAGCAGUCCAUUUUGUCUAUAGAUACUUUGCGGCGUGCAAACCCCACCUAAUCCGUUUCUUCAACCUACCCUACCUAUUCCUCUGGCCGAUUGGAUGUAGUAUUUCUGUCACCGCGUGGGCGAGUGUCUCCUAUUUUUUGUACCCUGAUACCGAGUAUACUGAGUCUGCAGUCACAAAUGUGCUCAAAACGCAUUACGACGGAAUCAAAAAGGAGAAUGUCUCGUAUAUAGCAUAUGUCUAUAGCAUGACAUUCGUUGUGGUGUUCUAUUGUGGGUUCUCCACGUGGUGGACUAUCAGGGAGCAUCGAGGCGCGUCGGAUAAAACGAGACAGUUGCAGAAUCAAUUGUUCAAGGCGUUGGUGUUGCAGACCCUCAUCCCGUCCCUCUUCAUGUACAUCCCGACUGGCGUCAUGUUUGUCGCCCCAUUCUUCGACGUCAACUUGAAUGCAAACGCCAAUUUCAUUGUAUUCUGCUCAUUUUUGUAUCCUGGAUUAGACCCGCUCAUUCUGAUUUUGAUUAUAAAAGAAUUCAGAAUGUGUAUUGUUGCUAUUAUAAAAGGAACUGGAAACAAUCGUGUCAGUGAUAUAUACACUACGUCGAGAGGGAAGAUGUCACAAGUUGUGGUUCAUGAUUUGUCCGGAUAA